CGUUGAUGAUCUUCCAAAACUCCAGAUUAACGCGUGUGAUGUACGACUUCUUUCUCCUAGAACCAGAGUGCAUGUUGAACGCUCACGGCACCCUCUUCGCGACCUUCUCAGCGGUAUGUUUAUCUUCUCUAUCGCUUGCCUUCCCAGCACUAAUCCCCUCAACCGCCCUCUUCUCCCUCUCCAUCGCACCCCCGAUAUCCGGCGCCAUGGUCGAUUUUGGCUCUUCCCUCGUCGUCUGUACCUGCGGAGACUGCGGGUACGAGUGUAGCCGCUGGAAAACCUGCGUGUCGGUGUGAUACAUCUUGCCUCCCUUUUGACUUCCUCGAUAUCAAUCUCGAAGUAUAUGCGCGGUAAGUAUAUGCGAGGACGUUCACCUUUGCGAGUCGCGCAGGAUGGUGUUGUGAUUUCUAGUACUACAUCAUCGCGGGAUAUGCCAGCAGUGCUAGCUGCUAUUCCCUGUCAUGGACGGCUUGUCAGUGCGAUUGGGGUGCGAUCUG